CUUAAACUUACCAAUCUUUACAAUAUCAUCAAUCUUCGUCCAUCGCCAUUCCGAGACCACCCCUACGUUCAUUUUCUCGAAAUACUGGCAUUGCGCCCAACAAGUCAAGAUGCCCAAGGCAGAGGUUGGCUCAACCAAGUACCUAAACAACAAGUUGAAGUCGAAGGGGUUGCAGCGGCUUCGCUGGUACUGCCAAAUAUGUGAAAAGCAAUGUAGGGACGCCAAUGCAUUUAAGAUGCACACGCAAAGCGAGUCCCACACGAGGAAAAUGCUACUCGUCGGCGAGGACCCCAAGAAAUACAUCGAAGAGUACAGCACCCAGUUCGUAAAAGACUUCCUUCAGCAACUACGAACCUCCCACGGAGAGAAGGCUGUGCACAUCAACCACUUUUACCAAAACUACAUCGGGAACAAGGAGCAUAUCCACAUGAAUGCCACCAAAUGGCAUUCCCUGACCGAGUUCGCCAAAUACCUAGGAAGGGAGGGCAUCUGUAAGGUUCAUGAAAACGAGAAGGGCAUACAUAUUGCAUGGGUCGAUGAUUCGCCAGACGCCUUGCGACGGAAGGAGGCGGUACGCAGGAAGGAGUUACAGGAUAAAGGAGAUGAGGAACGGGAACAGAUGUUGAUUAAGGAACAAAUUCGUCGCGCCAAGAGGGAGGCAGGUGAACAGAACGAGGAGGAGGUUGACAACACGGAAGACAAAGGGCUCAAGAGACAGGAGGGAGAGAAAAUUAAGCUUUCCUUUGGAGUAAAACCUACGACGCAGCCUGCGGCAAACGCAUCCCCGGAGAAGCCAACCCCAGAGACAUCGAGAUCGCCACCAAAAGACACAUCGAAGAACGAAUCUGAGCAAACAACAGCUCAACCUCAGCCUCAGCCUGCCUCCAGCGCCACCGAGAAACCAGCCACUGCAGCUCCCAUAUCGCUAAAGAUGGCAGCCAAGCCUCAGACCAAGAACGUAUUUGCCGCCGCAAAGAAGAACGCUCUUGCAGGAGGCUCGAAGAAGCCAUCCGCCUUCGAGCAGCCAAAGAAGAUGAGCGAGGCGGAACGCAUCAUGAAGGAGGAAUUGGAGCGCAAGAGGUCUCGUGAGGGCUCGGGGAGAGGCGGCUUUUCGAAUAAGCGGCAGAAGUUUUGAGAGGAAAAAUGAAAGGAAAGGAAAGAAGGGAAGGGAGACGAGAGCAUAAUGAGCGAGCAUGGACGGAGUAUUGGCGUUCGGGUAUACCAAUCAGGACUUUUGAUGUGUAUAGCAUUGGCAUUUAAGGAUUAAGGGGGGCCCAGGCAAAAUGCCAUUUCAAGCUCUUCGGAAAAUAAACCACAUUUUCAUGACA